UUCACUUUACCCUCAUAAAAACAUGAGGAUACCAUAAGAACACAUACACCGAAGCAAACUUUUUGCCAUUUAUUUCCACUCCCAAGUUUUGCGCACAACCGAUAUCGGUCGGACCUGUAUGGCCCCAUCUGCCGCCAUGUCCACUCUAACAGUUGGUUUGAAGACCGAAGACGUCCCCUCGCGCUCUCUCCUCGUCAGCCGGAGCGACAUGCAGCAGACGAGCCUCAGUCCACCGGAGGAGACGGUGAAGCCCAAAGUGGCCAUUCUCCCCUUCAGCGUCGAGGCGCUGAUGGCUGACAGAAAACCCAGUCGGGAUUUGUCAUCCCACGACCACUCGUCCGUCGCCGGGACGUCCCACGCGCUGGGCGUACGGAUGGGCUCCCUCUCCAAUUUGGAUAGUUCGGUUUCUUCUCUUUCCAUGGGCUCCUCGUUUUCUGUGGGCGACAUCAUGAACAUGCAGGACGACGUGCAGAUUAAACCCGAGAGUCCGGACAGCAAGGACAGGAAUUCCUGGUUACAGAAUCCUCGUUUUUCUCCCACGCCUCCACGACGGCUGAGUCCUCCUGCCUGUCCCCUGAGGAAGCACAAAACCAACCGAAAGCCCCGGACCCCGUUCACCACGUCCCAACUCCUGGCCCUGGAGAGGAAGUUCCGCCAGAAGCAAUACCUCUCCAUCGCCGAGCGCGCAGAGUUCUCCAGCUCCCUCAACCUGACAGAGACACAAGUGAAAAUAUGGUUCCAGAACAGACGGGCGAAAGCCAAGCGGCUCCAGGAGGCGGAAUUGGAAAAACUGAAAAUGGCAGCCAAGCCUAUGCUUCCUCCAGCUUUCGGAAUUUCCUUUCCUCUCGGUGCGCACGUCCCGGGGUCUUACGGUGGCUCCCAUCCGUUCCAUAGGCACUCUCUGCCUGUGUCACCCGUAGGACUGUACGCUGCUCACGUCGGAUACAGUAUGUACCAUCUCGCUUGAGCGGGGACCACGGACCAUAUCGCGCUGUCCGGCUGACCUCAUGGGCACCACCGGGCCCCAUCAGCAGAAGCAUGGGUGUAAGGGCUGUAGGCGCUUGCACCGUGACUGCUGUAGGGCCUACAUGUUCAUGAUGACCUGAUAGUAAAAUGUUGAACAACAGGACAGCAUCCACAGAGUGUGUGUCAAAGAUAGCCCCCCUGUCUUGACAAUUCGUGGCGGGCUUGGACUUCGGCCAGAUUUAAAGGGCUAUACAAACAAUGGGCGAUGGUGGCGAACAGUGUGUGUCGUUUUGCACCUACAAAAUAACAAUCCCCAGGUAGGUUGGGCUCUGACUCUGGGUUGGUGACACACCCCAACCCCGUUCACGUUGCGUUCAUAGACAUGAUGAUGCACACAUAUAGUGGGUCACUAACUGUCAUCAAAUGCUCUUUUUUUGCUAAAUUAGAGAACCACAGCAUUGUAUAACAGCACUGUCUGUUUGUCGGAAUGAUUCCCUUCGAAAGGGAUUUGUGUACUGUAAAAUAUGUAUAUUUGAAGAAUACCCUCAUUUAUAUUAUGACUAUAUUUGUGACAUAAAUUAACAAUAAAUUGUUUAUUCUUUUCAUGAA